CACCCCACCCGUACGUACGCCCGCCCCUCCUCCGUCAAGCUGAGACACCGACAAUGGCGGCGGCACGCGGCUCCCCGCUUCUUCUUCUUCCUCUGAUCCUCUCCGCCUCCAGCUCCCUCUUCCUCCUGGCCCGCCCCGCCGCCGCGGGCAGCCCCCUGAUGAUGGCGUGCGCCAAGACGCCGCACCCGGACGUCUGCAUCACCGUGCUGUCGGCCAUCCCGGAGUGCAGGGCCGGUGGCGACAACCCGCAGCUCCUGGCCGAGCACGCCAUCCGGUCCGCCGCCGCCAUCGGCGCGGCGGCCGGCACGUUCGCGCACGCGGAGCUGGACAUCGUGAAGGACACCGACACGUGGCAGUGCCUGGACGAGUGCGCGGAGGACAUCGAGGAGGCCGUCUCCCACCUCGACGACUCCGAGGGCGACGUCGACAUCGCCGCCAAGUUCCGGGACGUGCGCCUCUUCAUGGACGUCGCCGACAGGGACACCUGGUCCUGCGAGGAGAGCUGCCGGGACGCGCCGCCCUCCCCCGUCAAGGCCACCAUGCUCGACAAGAACGAGGCCUUCGAGAGGUUCUUGCGGAUCACCCGCUCGCUCAUCGAGCAGGCCAUCGGACCCGUCGACGCGCCGACGCCGGAGCCGGCGACGACGACCGACUCCUCGCCGUGAUCGACCUAGCUGACGUACUGCAUCACACUAAUUAGCACCGGCUUUUCUCUAAUUAUAUGAUCAAUUAAUUGAUGUAUUAUUUCGUGAUGAUGCUGAUGCGAACUUGUCUGCAUCUAUUGCUCGUCCACCAGGCCUUUGAUUAGGUUAACAGCACUUCCUUUUCUUGGAAAAUUUUGUUUAUUAUCAAUAAAGUGAUUGAUUUAUUUUUUUAGCUAA